AAUCACCACCAUGGUAGCGUUCUUCUAUCACGACAAUAAGGACACCCCCGAAAACUUCACCGACGAACACAGCUCCGGCACGCCCGUGACGGUAGAACGGCUCAAACAGCUUGGGGUUCUCUAUUACUACGUCACAUCCAACGAACAGCUCAACUCCAUCGCCAAAGCAAGAAACUACAAGAACAGAGACGAAAUCACCCUUAAUUUGGAUUCCUUCAACGGCGACUUGGGUGCCUUCAACGCCAAAAUGGCCCAGUUCUAUAAGGAGCAUUACCACGAAGAUGAGGAAAUCAGAUACAUUGUGGAUGGAGAAGGUUAUUUUGAUGUCAGAGACGUAGGCGACCAGUGGAUCCGGGCCAAGCUUAACGCCGGCGACAUGUUGAUCUUACCAGCUGGAAUCUACCACCGGUUCACGUUAUCCAGCGCCCAGAAGAACAUCAAGGCGGUGCGGUUAUUCAAAGAUGAACCCAAGUGGGAGGCCAUUAACAGAGAUACCGAUAAAGUCACGGAAGCCCGGUCUGAUUACGUUCGUGGUAUCGCCGUAUGACCGUGUAUUAAGGUAUUUAUAUUUAUAAUGUAUGUUUCUUCAUUGGCGAAUGAUCUUGAUAUGGUUGUUCUUGAUCCAACUCUCUAGGCUGGUACGAGCACUUGCCACCAGUUUUUCAUGGCUUUCCCGCUGUUGUUGUAAGCUUUUGAUGUCGGCAUCCAAGAGCUUUAUUACUUCGUCGACAGUUUUCUCUACCAAUACCCCCCCAAUCAUUUUGAAACACUUACGCCCGGCGCGGUGGUCUGGACUGAUGCUGGUGAGAGUUUUGUCCACAAUCACGUAUUCCUGGAGCUGAGCCUGGAUAGUGCCGAGCUGCUCUUGCAUGUCGGCGAUGUCGGCCUGAAGCUUGUUGUACUGCUGUUGCAACGCGGCUGACUUUUGUUCGUCGGUGCCGGACCUUGGUUCGUUUUCCAUGGUGUUGCU